UUCCAUCGUCAUGGAAACUCACUCACACACCUGCAGCGGGCCACUCUACCGAAGUGCAGACUUUGCUCAGACACUGCCUCAUUUAUCGCGUUACAUUUAUGUCUUAAUUCCCGCGAGCAAACUAAACAUACUUGCAUGUUUAUUAAACUACUUCCGCGCAUGGUUUAUCUACCGCCGCGCGAGAAACUGCCGCUUCGAGAGGAGAAAAUCGCUCUCCGCGCGCGCCAGCUGCUCUCCGCGCGCGCCAGCUGCUCUCCGCGCGCGCCAGCUGCUCUCCGCGUGCUCCAGCUCCUCUUCUCCCACGCGCGCGGAGAAGACAGCUCCUCCCACGCGCGCUCGAUUUUCUAUCCAGCGGCUACGCUCGAGCGCGGCUGCGCUCUCGGAAGCGUCUCUGAGAGCGGACGGAUUUUCUCCUCGCGUGAAGAAAAAUGUGUUUUGACAGGUUGGGCGGGGCCAAAGCCCUCUUCUGUAAGUCUCCUCCUGAUUGGGCAGACACGAUCACAUGGGAAGUACUGUCUGGAAUUUUCUGACUGAAAAGUUACAUCAUCUAUAAGACAAAGUUACAUCUGGAGGCGGGAAAGUGACGGAGGCUUCUUUGUUUGGACUACGUCGGGAAACAUCCUAGUUGGAAAACAUGGCAGAUAGUAAAGAGGAGGAAUUGCGCAAAGCUGCCAUUGAUUUGGUUGCUAUGUUAAGAUCAUCAAUAAAUGGUCCAGCACCAAACACUCAGGGUGAGACCACUGUGAGCCCCACAACAAGUGCUAGGGACACAAGGCAGGACCUGCAAAACCUACCCAGGCAUAAUUCAGCAUGUGCACCUGCACAGGCGUCUUCUGGAAUUGCUAUGCAGCGAAACAUGGCCAGGUCUUUCCCUGGAUUAUUUAAAGAGAAGCAGAGUUCCAGGGCUCUGCUAUCUAAGAAAAGGUUUGCCCCCAAAAGAACUGCUGUGUCAUUUUUCCUGCUUAAAACCGCCUGUGAGAGAACUCCAAAACCAUCAGAGGAGAUGACCCUUCUACAGGCUGGGCUAGGACGAAGGACAGUUGACAUUGCAGCAGAUGCCAGUCAUAAGGAGAUUACAGAUAUUCUUUGUGUGGCAUAUCCGAAGAUGGCUACAUUGGAGGGGGCCUGGAUGCUAUACAAGGCCAUCGGAGGAUCUGGUCAACGCAAACUUAAUUUGUUGUCACCUGAAGAGGAGGGAUAUACAGGAGCUAGUCUUGUGAGGACUUGGGCAGGCAAGGGUUGCCUGUACAUCAUGCCCAUCCAGCACACAUUGGAUACUUCUCCCUUGCCCUUCACAGCCCCUGAGUUUCAGGCCAUGCCCAAAGCUCGGUGUCUCACAUGCAAGGAGUAUGUGCCUCUGCAGCUCCUUAGCAUCCAUGUAAAAACAUGCGUUUCAAAGAUCAGUGGUGAGACUGAACAUGGUGAUGAUGAUGAUGUCAUCAGUGUACAUAGUGACAAUGCUGAGUCAUUUGCUGAAGUUCCGGCAUCGAUAGAGAGUGAGGCAUCCCCUAGAGUCAUGCCAUUCAAUGAUUUGGAGAGAAAGGUUUCUUGCCCAUUGUGCAGUGAACUCUUUACGGAAGAUGACAUCUGUACACAUGCAAGUGUCUGUGGAGAAGGCAUGCCAAAUGAGGAAUAUAUUUCCACAAGGCACACCACUAAGCACUUCAGCAGCUUAUCAGCUCUUCUGCAGUCUUUACAAGACAAAAUUGACACUACACAGACCUUCAACGUUAAUGUGACACGUAAGGAUCUGUUCCAAAGGGGACUCAAACAAUGGGCUAGACAAAAGCAAGCCUCUCCAAAAAAUGUCAUCUCUGUCUCCUUUAUUGGAGAACAUGGUAUCGACCAAGGAGCGCUUCGUAAAGAGUUCUUUACAGAAAUGAUCCGAGGAAUUGAGAUGCGUUUAUUUGAUGGAGAUGGGGAAAAGGGCAAAACCCCAAAGUAUAGCCUUUGUGACUACAAAGAAGACCACUUCAAGACUUGUGGGGAGAUAUUUGCUGCAAGCAUCGCACAGGGGGGCGCUGCACCAAACUUUAUCUCUAGGUGGUGCUACCAAUACCUUUGCCAUGGAGAAUUCAACAAAGACACUAUCCCUGAUGAAGUGUCAGAUACAGAUUUAAAAAGUCUUAUUGAAGAGGUGGAAAGAGCAGAAGCAGAUGAGCUUAUUGGCUUAGCUGAUCAAGUUGUGGCCUGUGGAUACACAGGGCCGAUAACUGUUGUGCACAAACAGACAAUAACACAAGCCAUUAAUUUGCAUGCAAAGCUGAGACUUGUCCCCAUAUUGAGCCAGCUCCGUGAGGGACUAAGGCUCUAUGGGCUGAAUGAGGUGUUGAAAUACCAUGAGGACCUUUGCGAGCAACUGUUUGUCCCAGGCCACCUGAAGAAAGUGGAUGCUGACUUCCUCGUAUUGGCCCUUUCACCCAACUUCAGUGAGGAAGGGUCUGUAAGACGGGAACGAGAGAUGCAGGUCAUCAACUUUCUGCAAGAUUUCUUGCAAAAUCUGGAAGACAAAGAAGACUGCACAGAAGAGGAGAAAAUUCAAAAUGAGCAGGAAGAUGAGCCUGGUACAACGGGAAGGGAACAGUCUGUCAGAGCAUUCCUACAGUGGGCAACUGGGCAGGCACAUGUACCACUGAUAGAGUCCGAAAAGGAGGCAUUCAAGAUUAUUAUUAACUUUGACCACGACUGUGAGUCCCGCUAUGGACCACACAGGCAGUGUUACCCAACUGUGAAUGCCUGUGCAGUUGCACUUACAUUUCCGACGCGCCAUUUUGUCACCUACCAUGAUUUUGAAAAUCUUCUUACAGAGGCAAUCAGGGGUGGGUUUGAGUUCAGCAUGUACUGAAUAGGAAGACUUGUGUAAACCCUGUUAGAAAAGUUAAUUCUGCUAAAUUGGAUCAGUUAUUUGUUGUUAUUUGUUACCCUAACUUUUAAAGUUUAUUUUCUAUCAACGUGUUACAAGUUUGUUUAAAUGGGAGCCUGAAAGGAAUAAAUUUAAACAUACAACCUCUGUGUGUUAGUAUGUAUUUACUGUAUGUCAGCAUACCAUUGGCUUAUUAGAAAAGUGGGAUUCACACAACAUCUCCGUUACCUGGGCUGAUACAAAUAAUGUUUUUUUAUAUAGAACUUUUGUAGUUAUAGACAUUGUUACAUUUCAAACACCUAAUGAUUUGCCAUAUUUA